AUGCUAAAUUCAAUACAUUCUUUUUCUAUAUUUAUUUUUACACUUUUUUGCAUUGUACAUAAUGCUGGUGGGGAACCUAAAGUUACCGAGGCCCGUGCUUAUCUCUUUAAAGCUGUUCAGUCUCCCGAAUUAACUGCCCUUCAGCCUUUGGGAGUUGUCGAUUUUUGUGAUCUUGGGAAAGGAUUGAUGGCUAUAAAUGGCACCCUUAAAGGUCUCCCUCCAGGUCUGCACGGCUUCCAUGUACACCAAUUUGGUGAUUUAAGCCAACUCUGUACAGGUGCAGGAUUGCACUUUAAUCCUCAUAAAAGACACCAUGGAGCGCCUCAGGAUUUGGAAAGACAUGGUAAUCGUUUUAAGUUUGAAACCUAG